AUGGUCAGUCUAGUCUUUGACAAGUGGAGUGUCGUGCCUGGUGAUCCCCUGGACCGUGAAGUGAAACUGAAGCCGCUGGAAGUGGCCAAUGCUAUGUCCACUGCCCGGGACUUUGUGCUGAAGACCCGCCGGCGUAAGGGUCUGGCGGAGGACGUGACGGUUAGCAAGUUCCUGGAACCAGAAUUGUGGAAGGGUCUGCAGGAGAGUGGCGUUUUGGAUUCAUGA